GGGAUGUUCUGGCUUUUAAUCGUUUAGACACGGGGGCAUGGGGUGUUAUUAAUGUUAACGUAACUAGUACGUGUAAUAUCGAAAAAUUUUUGAAAUGGCUUUGAAUUGGAGACUUGUUGCUAGAUUACCUCAAAAUUUUAGGUCUUUAUCAGUAACUGCACCGAAAAGCGAAUCAUCAGGAAGGGAAUCAUGGCUUUCCAAACUUUUUGUGCGAACUAUAGAACCAACAAAAGAAUCACACAGCAGAAUGUUAAGUGAUAAAGAAAUUAUUUAUGCUUUGCAAACACACAACUUUAGGCCCAAUAAAAGGGAAGAAUAUUUAGAAAAUUAUAAGAAGCAUGUUGAUUAUUUUAAUUCCCAUGAAAAAAUUACAAAAGUUUUACAAUUAGUUUCUUCAUGGACUGUGAACGUUGGUGAUCAGGAUCAAGCAUUACAUUUAUGGAAGUAUACAGGCGGUUUUCACGCAAUAGAUAGUGUAAUGGAUGUGCUUAAUCAAAGUAAAGAAUAUCAGAAAUUAUUUAGUGAACAGGCUCAAUAUAUUAGGUCCCGACAUUUACAGUACAUUCUACAAUUCAGUUAUUGGCCAGAAAUAAGGUUUCGUUCUCCUAAGCAUAUUUAUGAAAUUAGAUCAUACACUCUAAAACCUGGAACAAUGAUAGAAUGGGGUAAUAAUUGGGCCCGUGCAAUAAAUUACAGACAGAAUAAUAAUGAAGCUUUUGCUGGAUUCUUUUCCCAAGUAGGAAGACUUUACAAUGUCCAUCAUAUUUGGUGCUAUAAAGAUUUGAACUCUAGAAAAGAAACAAGAGAAAGUGCAUGGAGAAGUCCUGGUUGGGAUGAAUGCGUAGCCUAUACUGUGCCAUUGAUAAAAGAGAUGCACUGUCGCAUUCUUAUUCCAUCAUCCUUUUCUCCUACUCAGUGAAAUAUGUAAUGGUCACUAAUAAGUCUAUUUGUAGUUAUUUUAUUUUUUUAGCAAUUUUACAGUAAUUUUUAAUUUAAGAUUCAAUUAGAUAAUUUGUAUUUAAAU